AUGGACAUGUCGUAUGCCACCAAAUCGCUGUUAACAACACAACAACAGAUAACAACAGUAAAUGAUUUACAAAAUGAAAUGGCAUGGCCAGUAAAAACAUUUAUACCAAAACAAAAUUAUCCGAAUAGAUAUCUUGGUCGUCUAGCUACAACACCCAUAAAACAAGCAGAAAUCAAAUAUCCGUCUCAUAUAUUUCUAAGUCAAUAA